AGACCAUCAGUAUACCAUUAACAGCAUGUGCAACAUAUCUCACUCGGCCUCUGAGAGUGAGAGCCCGAAUUUAUCACAAUGGAUCCCUCAAGACAAAGUCUGUCAAGAAGCAUUUGAACUGGCACGAUCUGUUCUACCCCCAGCCGUCCUCAACCACAGUCUCCGUGUCUGGGUGUACGCCAAAUGGCUCGCUGAACGGAUGCAAGAGAACAAAAAAGAGCUCUCAAUCAAUCCAUCCCUCUACAACCUCCUCUUCGUGGCCUGCAUCCACCACGACCUCGGCUGCACAGAUCGCUACAACGGCCCUGAACGAUUUGAGAUUGAAGGCGCAGAUGCCAGUGUCGAGUUUCUCAAGCAGUUCAACUUCAACCAGGAAGAAAUCCAGCUAGUUUGGCAGGCGAUUGCCCUGCACACGACUUCGGGGAUUGCGGAACGGUCUCAUUCCUUUACUCGACUGGUUCGACUGGCCGUUCGGACGGACUUUCACUCUUGGGAUGAAGUCGACGCGAAGUUUCAGAACGAAGUAGAGCAGUCUCUUCCGAGAUUAGAGAUCGAAAAGGUCCUGGGUGAUGCGGUUGCAAAUCAAGCUAUCAAUCGUCCGAACAAAGCACCGCCGAAUUCGUGGCCCGCGGCUUUGGUGCGCGCCAAAUUAGAAUGGCCAGACUGGGAGGGAGUGAAUAAAGGUUUUUGAUGUGUUGACUUUGGGAUAUAUCGGAAAUAUAAUUUGGCGAUG